CCUGCCACACACUGAGAAACAGCAGGAGAAGGCUCUGAAGCCUUUCUUCUUCUUUCUCCACACUCUACUUCUCGAACUCGAACCCUUUUCAAUGGCUUUCACAUUGUCAACCACAAAGACCUUCACUAACAUAAACUGCUCAAACACUCCUUCAAACAUAACCACCUUUAAGCCCCUCAAGCUUCCUCUUUUCUGGCCAUGGCAAAAGGUAAAAAUGGGUCCUUUGAGUGUUUCACCGAUGGGUUUUGGGACAUGGGCUUGGGGAAAUCAGCUUCUUUGGGGUUAUCAGACUUCAAUGGAUGAUCAGCUUCAACAAGCUUUCGAAUUGGCUUUGCAAAACGGAAUCAAUUUGUUUGAUACUGCUGAUUCUUAUGGCACUGGUAGGCUUAAUGGUCAAAGUGAGAGACUUUUGGGGAAAUUCAUCAAAGACUCUCAAGUUUUAAAAGGGAAACAAAAUGAAGUAGUGGUAGCUACAAAGUUUGCAGCUUAUCCAUGGCGUUUAACUUCUGGACAGUUUGUGAAUGCCUGCAGAGCUUCUUUAGACCGGCUUCAGAUAGACCAGCUCGGGAUUGGACAGCUUCACUGGUCAACCGCAAACUAUGCGCCUCUACAAGAGCUUGUACUCUGGGAUGGUCUAGUGGCAAUGUACGAGAAGGGACUAGUUCGAGCUGUUGGAGUCAGUAACUAUGGACCUCAACAGCUUGUGAAGAUUCAUGAUUACCUCAAAACCAGAGGGGUUCCUUUAUGUUCUGCUCAAGUACAAUUCUCAUUGCUAAGCAUGGGGAAAGAGCAACUAGAGAUCAAGAGUAUAUGUGAUGAGCUCGGGGUUCGCUUAAUCUCUUAUAGUCCUCUUGGUCUAGGAAUGCUAACUGGGAAAUACUCCUCUUCAAAACUUCCAACUGGUCCACGAUCGUUGCUGUUUCGACAAAUUCUUCCUGGAUUAGAGCCUUUGCUUUUAGCACAGAGAGAGAUUGCAGAGAAACGAGGAAAGACUAUGCCUCAGGUUGCAAUAAACUGGUGUAUAUGCAAAGGGACAGUGCCGAUACCGGGUAUCAAGUCGGUUAGAAAUGUUGAAGAUAACUUGGGUGCUCUGGGAUGGAAACUUACAAAUGAUGAACAGCUUCAGUUAGAAUAUGCAGCUAAAGAAUCACCAAAGUCUAUGAUUCAGAACAUUUUUCAGACAAGAUGAUAGGAUAAGAGAAGAUGCUAAUACAUCUAGACCACAAAUGAGAGCAAUGUGUAUUACAUAAUAUAUGAAAAUAUUGUUAUGAUUCGACUCAAACCAAAUCUACAUAGAUGGAUAGAACUCGAAACAUUGCGUACGGAAAAAGUAAUGAUAUCAAGUUAUUUAAAAGCUUA